AUGUCAAUGCAAUGGCGUCUCCCUUUGGCUCUGGCGACAAUUGGGCCACUGGGACUCAUGGCUGGUCUGCCAUUUGUCCCUGAAUCUCCCAGGUACCUAUGUUGGGUUGGGAAGAACGAAGAAGCUCUCAAAGUUCUUGAGCGUCUGCACAAUGAUAAGAAGGAUCCCAACGACUCGGCAGCGCAUGCAGAAUUCUUGCAGAUCAAAGCGCAGGUGAUGAUCGACAAGGAACAAAAAUCCUCAUAUGUCCGAAUGUUCACCAAACCUUCAUGGCGAAGACGCUCGCUGCUUGUCAAUGGUAUUGCGAACUAUCUAGUGCUCAUCUUUGGGGAGCUGGGACUCACGGGGGUGAUGCCUAUUCUCGUGUAUGGUGAGUUCGAGCGAGUUCGGGGAUAUGUCAUAGCGGCGUUCUUUGCAUGUUUUGUCAUGGACAGAUACGGCCGACGACAGUUGUUCGUGCUUGGGUUUCCUAUCUUGGCGGUCAAUCUUCUCAUAGAGGGCCUGCUCCAACGCCAAUAUCUAGGGACCGGAAACAAGGCUGGGAACGGAGCAGCGGUUGCAUUUAUUUUUCUGUUUAUCGUACUGUACCAAUUCAUCGAUGCGCCGUCGUUCGUUUGGUGUGCUGAGAUUUUUCCGACCAAUCUUCGAGCGAAAGGGAUUGGGCUGAGCAUGUUCUCAUAUUUUGUGGGAUUCAUUACAUUCUCAACACCGGGGCCACGGGCCUUCCGUGACAUUAAAUGGGGAAUGUACCUGGUGUAUAUGGGACUCAGUGUGGCAUGUGGGAUCAUUGCAUACUUUUAUGUUCCCGAGACAAGGGGCUUACCUAUUGAGGAGAUGGGUGCACUGUUUGGAGAUGAAGUGGCCUUGCACAUGACUUCGGAUGGACGUGGCAUUGUUGAAAAGCCCGAAGGUGUUGAAGUUGAGCAGGCGGAGAUUCAGGAGGCGAAGGCUUGA